AUGCCCAGCAACGUCUUGAGGGCCCAGCAGAUCUUUCAGUCGCCUCAACCCGCUCCCUUGCUGCUCACACCCCUUCUCCCUUUCCCUCUCCCCCCCUCCGCUUGCCCACAGGACGAGGACCCACCCGACCCGAGCAAUGGGGCGGGGCUGAGCACAGCAGCAGGCAUACCAGACUUCAGAGGGCCCAAGGGUGUGUGGACGCUGCAGGGGGAGGGAAAGUGGGAGGAAGCUGCGGCAGCCAUGGGGAGGAAGUACGAGGAAGCUUCCCCCACGGUGGGGCACAUGGCUGUGGCAGCGUUGGUGCGAGCUGGGAUAGUGCAGCACGUGGUGACUCAGAACGGUAAGGCUAGUCAAAUCAAAAGUCACCUCUCCUCUCCCCCCCAAUCUUCCAUCGGAGCUGCAUGGAUCAGUGUACCGGGAGAGGUGCCAGGUGAUUGGGGCCAAGUAACUGUGCCCUCUUAUGAGGUGACUUUUGAGUCGACUCAAAAGUCACCUUCGGGCCAAGUAACUGUGCCCUCUUCUUGCCUAUUCCCGUUUUGCUUCCCCUUCUGCUUACCAACCCUUUCUCCCCGUUCCUUCUCCCAACACACUGCUCCUCACCAGUGGACGGCCUUCACUCUCGAGCUGCAUGGGUUGGAGAGGUGCCUUGGAGUGUGGGGCGGGGUAUCUCUCCCUCUCACAUCCCCUCUACCCGUCCUCCCUCCCGUCCACCUCCCCUCCUCACCAGGGGACGGCCUUCAGUCGCGUAGAUGGCAUCACAUCAAGCUGCCUAUCAGAGCUGCAUGGGUGGUCAAGUGGGGUACCUUUCCCGCUCACCUCCCUCUCACUUCCCCUCUACCCAUACUCCUCCCCGUCCACCUUCCCUCCUCACCAGUGGACGGCCUUCACUCUAGAAGCUGCAUCCCAUCAAGGUGUCUCUCGGAGCUGCAUGGAUCAGUGUAUCGCGAGAGAUGCCGGGAGUUGGACGGCCUUCACUCCAGAAGCGGCAUCCCAUCAGACAGUCUAUCGGAGCUGCAUGGGUGGUGGAGUGGGGUACCUUUCCCGCUCACCUCCCUCUCACUUCCCAUCUACCCAUACUCCCUCCCGUCCACCUUCCCCCCAACAGUAGACGGCCUUCAUUCUCGGAGUGGCAUCCCCUCUCACCGGCUAUCUGAGCUGCAUGGAUCGGUGUACCGGGAGAGUUGCCGUGAGUGUGGGGCGGGGUACCCAAGAAGUUCUGCAGCAGUGCGGGCUCGAAUGUCCGCAGGAGGAGCGGGCGGUGUGAAAGAGGAAAACCGAGAGGUGCUGGUGGGUGAGGGGAGGAAGAGGCAUGAACCUGGCAAGGCGAGUUUUGAGUUGACUCAGAAGUCAGCUCAGAUGUCCACAGGAGGAGGGGGCUAUGUGAAAGAGGAGAACCAAGAGGUGCUUUUGGGCGAGCGGAGGAAGUGGCAUGAACCUGGAGCUGCGACUUUAGAAGAUUCUGAAGGAAUUCCUCGAGCUAUGGUUCGUGACUAUCAUAAAGAGGGUGAUUAUGCAAGGAUGGAGGAUGAGGAGGGUGUGAGGAGAUGGCGAGAAACGGAGGAGAAGCAGCAGAGGGAAGGAGGGGGGAAGAAUGAAGAAGUGACAAGAGUGUGUGAGGGCAGGGGAGCACAGGAAGAGGAGCAAGCAGAGGUGACGAAGGGAGGGGAGGAGAGGGAAGAAGAGGGAGGGGAGGAGAGGCAUGAGGGUGGGGCCGUGUGUGGGGGCGAGUUGGUGGAUUCGAUAGUGCACUUCGGGGAGAGGAUAGACGAUGAGGAGCUGAGGACGGCGAGAGAAGCAAGCAUGGGCGCACACGUGGCGCUCUGCCUUGGGUCCUCCUUCAAGGUCCGUCUGAGUGGUGGCGGUCCCUUCAAGAGCAUGAGAAGGCUGGCAGGGAAGGAGGUCGUGGGGGCAGCACAGGCGGAUGGUCCCACCCACCCACUCUCCGUUUCUUCCCUCAACCCACCAGGUCCCACCAGCAUAAAGCUUCCUCUCCUGGCCAUCCACAUCUGCGGCAUCAAUGUUCACCACGCCCCUUGCUUGCCCACCACGCCCCUUGCUUGCCCACCACGCCCCUUGCUUGCCCACUACGCCCCUUGCACCACGCCCCUUGCUUGCCCACCACGCCCCUUGCUUGCCCACCACGCCCCUUGCUUGCCCACCACGCCCCUUGCUUGCCCACCACGCCCCUUGCUUGCCCACCACGCCCCUUGCUUGCCCACCACGCCCCUUGCUUGCCCACCACGCCCCUUGCUUGCCCACCACGCCCCUUGCUUGCCCACCACGCCCCUUGCUUGCCCACCACGCCCCUUGCUUGCCCACCACGCCCCUUGCUUGCCCACCACGUCCCUUGCUUGCCCACCACGCCCCUUGCUUGCCCACCACGCCUUAAGACUCCCACUUCCCUUAACUUCUGAGACGUCCCAAAGAUCUCUUCCUGCCGUGCCACCAGCCAGCAAGCUUCCUCGCCUGGCAGCCCACGUCGUCAUCAUCAACCUCCAGCGCACCCCUCUCGACCGCCAUGCUUCCAUCACCAUCCGAGCUCGCAUCGACGCUGUUCUCCCCCGCCUACUGCACCUGCUGCACCUUCCCCUGCCCGCUUACAACCGACACGCUGACCCCCUCCUUUCCCUCUCCAGCACUCCUCUCCACUCCAUCACACACGCUCCUCGCCUCCCCCUCUUUUGCACUCCUCCCCCUUCUUUGUUGCUCAAGCUAAGUACGCAAGCUGCAGAGGAAAAGGGAAAAGAGGUGAAUAGUGAUUCGCCUCUGAAGGACAAUGUUCCAGGUGCUACAGGGGACAGCACCAGGCCCAUUCUCUUCUUGCACAAGGCAACGGGGACCAAGGGGAGGAGGAAGAAGCAGAAAGCUAGGACAUCAUUUCCUCGCCCGACCAUGUGA